AUGGCAGAUAUUAAAAUGAAAGAUAAAAAUGGUGAUUUUUAUGCUACUGCACCGAAUCCAGUUAAUAAGAAUCCUCAAUUUAUGGGUGAUUAUCCACAACCAAAAACAACAGCAUCAAAACUUCCUAAUAUAGAUCCAUAUGUCGAAAUUUCUACUGAAUCACGUACAAUUAAUCAUCCACCUAGACCACCUGGAUCAGCAUUAGGACCUUAUAUACAAUUUAUUACAACUGAUUUACAAAAAAUGUUAUGGAUAGGUAGUUUAUUAAUUUGUCGAGAUAUUUCAUAUGAUCAACCUAAACUUGAAUUUAAUUGUGAUAUGAAAAUUGAUUAUAAUUGGGAAAUUUUAUAUGAAAAUCUUUAUAAUUUAAAUAUUUAUCGUGUUAAUCUAUUUAUUGAAUUACGUUCCGGUGAAGAUGAUGAUAAAAUUAUUUGGAUAAUUGAUUGGGGUGAUAAAAAAACUACUGGAUUAUUUUUUAUUCCUCGUUAUAAUCAAAAAUGGCGUGGAGGUUUUUUUUCUUGUAAUGGAUUUGAUGCAUAUGUACCUAAACAAAUUGCAUUAAAUUUAACUUCAUUUAAUGUUUGGAAUCAUCUAUUAUCUAUUCAUGAAGAAAAACCAUUACAUCUAUUAAUAUGGGGUGGUGAUCAAAAUUAUAUUGAUUAUAUAUUUGAAGAUAUUCCAUUUCUUCGUGCAUGGCUUAAUAUGGAAUGGAAUGAAAAAUGGACAACAGAUUUUCGUGAUGAUUUAAAACAACAAGUUGAACAAUAUCAUUUUAAUACAUAUGCUGAAAAUUGGAAUCAUCGUCCUGAAGUUAAAAAAGCAUUAGAAUCAAUACCAAGUUUAAUGUUAUGGGAUGAUCAUGAUAUAUUUGAUGGUGCUGGAUCUUAUCCUCCAUUACUUCAUAAUAGUCCAAUGAUGAUGGGAUUAUUUCAAGCAGCUCAAAAAAUGCGUCUUUUAUUUCAACAUCAUACAACAUUUGAAAAGGCAAGAGAACAUUAUUUAUUUGGGCAUGAAGGAUAUAAUUUAUUUGCUCGUUGUGGAAGAAAUUUAGCAAUUAUUGGUACUGAUGGACGAACUGAACGUAAUACAGAAACAGUUCAACAUAAAAAUACGUGGAAUAUGAUAUUUGAUAAAUUAGAAAAUGAACUUGAAAAUGUUGAACAUUUAAUUGUUGUUUUUCCUGUUCCAUUUUCAUUUAUUCGUGCUCAUAUUGCUGAAACAAUUUUUGAACGUUUAAAAAAUGCUCCGAAUAAAUGGCGAAAUCUUCCUGGUAUUAAAAAAACGAAUUCAAUAUUUGGUUUACCUGAACUUUAUGAUGAUCUUCUUGAUGAAUGGACUCAUGCUUCUCAUAUAGAAGAAAGAAAUCAUGUACUUCUUCGUUUUCAACAAAUAGCUGAACAAAAAAAAAUUCGUAUUACUUAUUUUAGUGGUGAUGUACAUUGUUGUGGUAUUAGUCGAUUUCAAACGAGAGGUUCUCAACGACCAUUACCAAUUCAUGAUAGUAAAUUAAUGUAUCAAAUUAUUUCAUCUGCUAUUGUUAAUAUGCCUCCAUCAAAAAUGGCUAUUCGUGUUGCUCAUCAUUUCAAAACGAAAUGGAAUCCAAUUGAUAAUACGGAAGAAGAAGUAAUUGAUUUUUUUGAUCGACGACCAGAAAAUGGUGGAAAAGUUUUUCAUAAAAAAUUUCGUCCAAAUAGAAAUUGGUGUUAUUUUGAACAAUGUUCAAACAUUACAUCAACUAGUGUUACUGUUGUACAAACAAAAUAUUUUCAUUGUAUUCCAUGUGGUGAUAAUUCAAUUGUACCAAUGAAUUUAGGUCCAACUUCUAAUCAAGAUGGUAUUGGUAGUCAGCAAUUACCAAUUCAUGAUCAUUCCUAUGAUAAACUAUGUCAACAACAGAUUUAUUCCGAUCAACGACAAAUUGGAACGAAUGAUUUGAGAAUUAGAUUUUGGUUAGAAAGUACUGAGAAACAUGAUGAAGGAAGACAAUUUACUAGUUAUGAUCUACUUAUUCCUAAUCUCAAAUAA